CGCGUUGUGUUCAUAAACCCUAGCUUCACUCCCCCUUCCCCUGGGCACACCUUUUCUUUUUGCAGGUACCAGCAACCGCCGUCCCCAUGGGUAUAGAUCUAGUUGCAGGUGGAAAGAGCAAGAAGACCAAAAGAACCGCCCCUAGAUCCGAUGAUAUCUACCUCAAGCUCCUUGUCAAGCUUUAUCGGUUCUUAGUGAGGAGGACAGGAAGCAACUUCAAUGCUGUGAUAUUGAAGAGGCUGUUCAUGAGCAAAAUUAAUAAACCUCCGAUUUCUUUAUCUCGGUUGAUUCGUUACAUGUCUGGCAAGGAGGACAAGAUUGCUGUGAUUGUCGGUACAGUUACUGAUGAUGUUCGGGUGCAUGAGAUCCCUUGUAUGAAGGUUACUGCUUUGAGGUUUACUGAGACUGCAAGGGCAAGGAUUGAGAAAGCUGGUGGAGAAUGCUUGACAUUUGACCAACUGGCUCUUAGAGCUCCUCUUGGACAGAACACUGUUCUGCUAAGAGGUCCAAAGAAUUGUCGUGAAGCAGUGCGACACUUUGGAAAGGCUCCUGGUGUGCCACACAGCCACACCAAGCCGUAUGUGCGAGCGAAGGGCAGGAAAUUCGAGAAGGCUAGAGGUAGAAGAAACAGUCGAGGCUUUAGAAACUAAGCUCUCCGAGGUGGUACUCUUUGAUUUCAGUUCUAUACUCUUCCUAUCUUUAAAUUUGGUCAUCUAUUAGACGUACUUGUUGUGAUGAAAUUUUUUGUUAGUCAUCUUUUUUGGGUAUUGUUGGAUGAUUUGAGUGUUAACAUUUCCAUUUGGAUUUUGAUUAAAAAUCAAUGUUGGUUGCACUUGAAAUUGAAAUUGAAGCCUCAAUUGGAUAUGCAUUCCU